AUGAAAGUCUCACCCUACCUAUUCUUUGAUGGCAAGUGCGAGCAAGUACUCAAAUUCUAUCAAUCCGUUCUUGGAGGAGAGCUCCACAUGCAACGUUAUUCCGAUGUACCCCAAUGCGAGAACAGCACCACUUUGCCACAGCAGGACUGGAACGACAAGAUUCUUCAUGGAUCCUUGUGUUCAUCCAAUUCUUCCAAAGAAAUGAUCAUGAUGGCCUGUGAUGCCAAGGAAAUGGGUAAACUCCAUGGAGGAUAUUCUCUUUCGGUGGAUGUUGAUGAUCCAGAACAAGGACUCAAAAUCUUUCAAGCUCUCUCUGAAGGUGGAAAGGUGUUGAUGAAUUAUGGAAAGACUUUUUGGGCAAGAGGUUAUGGAAUGUUGGAAGAUCAAUUUGGAGUAGUUUGGCAUGUGAAUUGUCAUUGA